AUGCCCGGGGGACUUCGAGAACCUUUCAUCAAGUCAGGAUACCGGCGAGCUUACAGCACGCCUUGGCAGUGCUUGAAAAGCCUUUUCUACAUCAAUAACGAGAGUGUUAACGUGUGGAGCCACAUCAUAGCGGCACUAUACUUCGCCGUACGCUAUGGAACGGCUGCAUCUACUCAGGUGGACUCAAUUUUAGAUCCUUUCAAUUUGCCACUUUUGGCCUCUGCCAUGGGAACUGUAAUUUUGUAUUCUUCCAGUGCAACUGCUCAUCUUUUCAACUCCAUUUCUGAAAGAGGAUACAAAAUCUGCUUCUUUUUCGACUACGCAGCGGUCAGUUUUUACACAUUUACCUCGUGCCAAGCUAUGUUCUUCUAUGCUCGGCCAGUGAAUUCUCAGUGGAGGAUCUUUGAAUCGCCACCUUUGUACCUGAGCCUAGCAGCCCUGUUUUCGUUUCUUGUGACCUACGGUUGCUGCAAAACGGAUGCUGCAGUCAACAAGUUCAGCACUUUUUUGCGGAUGUUAUCAGCAAUCGCCGCUUGGAUUCACAGUACCUUACCAAUUCUGGUUGGCGCGACUCUUUGCACCUGUCACGUAACUGACAAGAGUUGUUGGUCCUCUUCCGCCUGUAGCAGUUUACCCGUUAGAUAUUACCUGCGUCACGCAUUUUAUACUUUUCUGGCGGGUUUCAUGUACAGCACCAGGCUGCCUGAACGCCUCAUUCCUGGAAGAUUUGAUUUGGUCGGGAACAGUCAUCAUUUUCUACACGUCUGUGUUGCCAUAGGAACAGAAUAUGCCUUCAAAAUGGUUGAAUUUGAAAUCAACGCCCGGAAAGCCAGGGGAAUGUUGGAAGAGACAACCGCGUACGUGUCCAUUCUCAACACCUUGGUCGCGGCCAUAUUAGUGAUGUUUUUGAACGCUUGUAUUGCAUUCUGGUUUUCUAUUGCUCUUAAGAAAAAGGAAAGUUCUCAUAAAAACUAACCUGAGAGCAUGAAUUGGUCUCUUUAGAACUAAGUGACUAAGAAAAAAUAUUUUAUUUCGGAAAACAUGGUUGCAAAAGAACCAAAUGAAAUAAACCUGUCCAACAGAAUCUAAAAUGGAAGCUGGGAGGGGGUAUUUGAGAAUGUAAUGUAAAACGCCUUCAGUUUGUGCGCUAGGCAAUGCAAAAAUAUGUGAUGUAACUAUCUUAAGUUCUUUGCUGUCGGCUUUGAGGCUUUGUCAUAACCUUUUUUAAACCCCUCAGCCUCAAGGAGUGACCAGCAUCUAAUUUCUCUUUACAGUAAUAUCCCUGAAUUACGCAUUAAGGUUAUGAGAAUAAAGGAAAUGAACACCAACUAAAGAAGCUAUUGAUUUUUCAACAAAUUUUCCAUUUCAGUGCCAUAGGAAAUGUACAGAGAACAGUAUGGAUGAUAUAUACACUAAAGCUAAAGUGUAAGGGUUGAAAAUUGGCCCUAUACUGACACUGUCCCUUUAUCGUCUCGAUCAGCCCUAUAUAGCCACUUUUUUUGCCCCAAACACAUAGCUUACCUGUUAUUCCGGUUCAGGUAGGAAUAAUCUUCAGAUCGUUUCGUAAGAAUACGACUUGGAAGCUCUGGGGGCGAACUUCAAUUACAUUUGAUAAGUUGAAGAUGUCGAGGUGGGGGCGAAGUCGUACGGGGCGUAAUUACUAUAGGGAGAAACCUUCAUACACCUCUAUUCCUCCCAUAAGCCCGGUGGCUUCCUGGGUCUCCUCGCCUUCUAGCUAUAACCGCUACAAAUAAAUUUUUGUAUUGUAUAAAUAAGGCAAAUAAAAGAUGAUAAAGGAUGAUUCCUGUGUACCGCGCUAGACUUCGAUUCGAGAUGUAUGGGGUCGAGCCCUGACUGGGUCAUUGAUUUGUGUUCUUGGAUAAGACAGUUUACUCCUACAAUGCCUCUCUCACCCAGAAGAAUAAACGAUGCCAACCAAUGACCAGGGACACCUAAUGACAUUCUGUGGUGGCACGCUUAGAGAAAAGCCCACCUUCUCAUCAAGGAUUAGCGUUGUUCAACUCUUAGCCGCUCAUACAUGGAAUUGUGGGCCAUAUUCUUGAGAGUUUCUCUCUCCACCUCAGUCCUACAUGUGCACAGAUGUAUGCAUGCUUUAACCACUGUUAAGGGGUAUCCACGCGACGUUACGAGGCUUUCGCCAACCAUUGGGAACGUACUUUAUUGAUGGUAGCUCAAAGAGAAGUUUCAUUUGUCUCUAAAAAUAAGUUUGAACUGCCCGACUAGUACGAAGGCAGCUCCUUCCAGUCUUUGGAUAUGUAAUCAUAAGAAGAGAGAUUCUCUCUUUCGCAAGCCUGAUUAUUCAUAUCACUUACGCCGUAGCCUGUUGCGAUUCUUCAAUCUAGUUAGCUAAUGAAGCAGUUAAAUCAAUGUCGAUGUAUUAGAAAAAGUCAAUUUAAGGAAGUGACUGGACCAUGAAAAUAACUUCAAGCUCAAGUUUUUCCUCUAAAUUUGUGUUAAUAUUAGAGCGCUCUUUUGCUUGUGUUUCAAGUUUCCAAGACCCUCAGGUUUUUCGCCUAAGCUUGCAUAUAUUUGCUCACUUACUGAAUAAAAUGUAUAUUGCUUUGCAUAACAAACACAUCAUUACUUGGAUGUAAGGCUUCAUUUUUAACGAAAUAUAUUUCGUUCACGAACUCUCUAAAUUAAGCAGUUUUUGCAAAACUAGAAUUCAUGCAAGGAAAGUUCUCUUUCAAUCACUUUUUCUCCGAAAAAUUGAAAGAAAAACUUGAGAAUGCCGGGAUCGGUAGGUCUCUAGCUCAGUCAUUUCCUCAGAAAAUCUGUCUUGCUUUGGAUUUCUCUUGAUACUAAAAAUUUCCAUAAGAAAGAAUUAUCAAAAUUUCAAUAAACUUAAUGCUCAAAUAUUAAAUCCAUCAGUAUUUGUUUUUCUCCUGUCACGGUCAGCAAAGAGUGUAGAUGACAGGAUCAAAAAUUCACGAUCACCUUAGGUUUCCUUGUGUGUUUCUUCCCAGGUAUGAUAUUUGCUCAUGUUUGCCUGUUCUACAUUUGUUGGCAUUUUCUGCUCAAAAAUCUAAUCAACUUGGCAACACAUAGUUUCAUCCCCCCCCCUUGACUUUUCAAGUUUAUUUUUACAAAAGAAUGAAGUUUGAAAACGAAGGUUAGAUCGAGGGUCUCAAUGUGAUUACCCGUUGGCCGUAAAAAUUCUAAACUUCAGCUGAUAGGCUUUAAAAUUGACAAAUUAUAACCGCUAGUCGUAAAAAAGUUAAACGUAAAAAUUUUUAUUUCAAUCGCAAGGGAAAAGAAUUAAACGUUAGCCGUAAAAUGCUAAAAUUUUAACCGUUGGCGUAAAACCCAUCACCCCUUUGACAUCCUUGUAAUCCUGCGAAUCAACAAUUAUUAAAUUUAGGCAUCAGAUGUUUUCGAGCUAUAAAACGCUCUUUGUGAAAAGAAACUAACAACACAGCUACUUUACCUUAAAAUUAAUUUCCCUCACCAUCUUAAGAAAUAUGCUCGAUUUACACAAAUGGUCAUGCACUGACUGACAUAGGAACUGGCCUAUUCACAGAAGAACCAGUCCCGUCGGUGACGGACAUGUUAAGGCGAGGGAAGGUUUCGAAGAAUCAGUUCCAAAAGUUUGGUCUUUAAAUUUACUGUUUUUUUUUAUAAUAACUCACAUAUUUUCCUUUUGCCAUGGCGUUGCCUAGCAAUUUGAUUUUCGAGUUAUUUGAUGGAAAGCAGUUCCCAGGUCUACUAAUUGUUAAUUAUUUUCACCGGAGCCUAAUUUCUCGAUAAUGGAAUGGGUAUAUAUGGCAGGACUUUAAUUUCGCGAAUUGGCCACAAAUAUGCAUUAAAGGGAAAUUAAUUUCGCAAAAUUGUCAAAUUACUUAUCUGCAUUAACAAACAGUUAGUCUUAAAGUUGGCACAACUGCUUUUAAUUUUCCAUAACAAUAGUUUCCAAAACCAUAUUAAAACAAAACGGAAAACCUUUUGACACGUUCCUUUGCAACAAAGCGGAGCUGUACAAGAGUACAUAACAAAGCCUAUUUGCGAUUUCAGCUUUAGGACAUUGUCAAUUUCUUCGAAUAGAUCCUCCGGAGGAAGAGAUUACCCACGGUUUGCUACCCUAGAAACUUCUGCUUUGUCCAGUCUUUUGACAACGUAGCGCUUUCCCACAUUGUUAGUCAAGUGUAAUGAUUUUGCGUGCUUAAUUUUCGCUAAAACUCUUUCAUGUGGGUCUUAAACUUCGCUAUUUUUUGACAACCGCGAAAUCGCGAAAAUUAAGUCUUGUGAAAAUAAAUACGCGAAAACAUGUCGUCCAUUAUAAAUAAUAAAAAAGUCAUUAGUUCACUGCCAUCAUAUUUUUUUUAUUACUUUGUUUUUAGAUCUGAUCGACAAAUAAUCAUCUCUUUGAAAAAAUUCAGUGCCUGACGCAAACAUAUGGAGAACAGCUUGCGCAAUCGCACUAAAAAAAUCAAGGAAAUCAAGAAAAUGAUAAACCAUCACGAAAAGAAGUUGUUCAACGAUGAAGAGAUGACUGAGUGGCAUAGGGAACCGUUCAUCAAGUCUGAAUACCGAAAGCACAACAGUAGGUUUUGGCAGUGUUUAAAAAGCCUCUUCUACUUACACAACCAAAGUUUUAACGUUUGGAGUCAUAUCUUGGUGUCUUUGUAUUUUCUUUUUCAUUUUUCCCAGACCUUAAGCGAGGACACUCAUCCGAUCUUUGAUCCUUUCAAUUUACCAAUGCUCUCUGCUGGAAUCGGAACAGUAACUGUGUACCUCGGUUCAGCGCAUCUCUUCAACCCAAUGUCUGAGAAGGCCUACAAAACCAGUUUCUUCUUCGACUAUGCGGGUAUCAGCCUAAUGACCUUCACUUCAUGCCAAGUAUUAUUUUUUUACAUCCGACCAAUGAAUACUGGUUGGACGAUCUUCGAGUCUCCUUCUCUUUUCUUCUCAGUAGCAAGCUGUCUCAGCUUUCUCGGGACGUACCUCUGUUGUAAGACUAAUGCUACCAAUAACGUGUUCAGCACAUCUCUGCGCGCAGCUGCAUUUCUCGCCGGCUAUUUAAACACGACAGUGCCUUAUUUGGCAGGUGCAGUGUUUUGCAGUUGUCUCGACGAUGACACGUGCUUGGCAUUCUCUGCAUGCAGUAGAUUAUCCCGUGGUUUCUACGUUGGUCACGUGGUUAAUAUGAUUCUAUCCGACCUCCUGUAUAGCGGCAGGUUUCCCGAGCGUAUUUUCCCUGGAAUGUUUGAUUUAAUUGGCCAAGGUCACCAACUCAUGCACGUUUUAUCUGCCAUUGGAACAGAAUUUGCCUAG